AUGAUCGGAGUUAACGGACCUCCGAAAAUUAUUUAUGAGUGGGGGAGAGGAGGGUUUGAAUACCCAGAAGAAACUGCUCGAGUUUUAUAUUACUUUUACCAUUUAUUUGAUACUUUAAAUUGGGGAAGCGGGCCGACAUCUUUAUGUAUACCCGUUCUGAUAACUGUUGAACGAUUGAUUGCGGUUUUUCUGCCACUGAAGUUUCCAUGUAUCGUGACUCCCAAGCGGACUGUUAUUGUUGUUAUAAUCCCGAAUGUUUUCUUUUAUGGACUUCAAGCUUACAUGAGGACUUGGUUCCAGUUUGUUUACGUGUUUGAUUGUUCUCGUAAUAUUUCUGUAGGUUUGGCUUUAAGAUCCGAUACCUACUGGCAUCAGAAAGAUGUGUCCGAGGUGUUGGAAGUGUGUUUCAAUUCUCUAAUCAUCCUUGUGAUUUUUGUUGGCAGCGGAUGUGUAGCUAUAGGAUUCAAGGUUAGACUGGCUGCAAUUAAAAGAUUUCAGAUGACAAUCGGUUAUAAACAAAACUGCAAUCUUGAAGUCAAUACUUUCCGGACUACAAAAACUCUACUAGUUCUUUGUGUGUUCUACACCGGAGCUUGCGCGUUUGUCACUUUGCCUGCAGUGAUACCCAAGUUUAUGGUGUUUCCGCUGUUUCUAGAAGAACCCAACUUUCGGUCCGUUGGAGUAUUUGUCUACCAUAUAUUUAAACUGGUGCUGAGUAUCAACGCGUCGAUUAAUUUUAUUAUCUAUGUGGUUAUGAAUAAAAACUUUAGGGACACGUUCCUGAGUAUUCUAUGCCGCAAGUAA